GAUUUUUUCCGCUUUCCUCGAGCUCUGUCAACAAUGUCUUCCACUCAAGAUCGUUCAAACCUCGUCAAGUUCUCCUCACGUCUGAAAGAAGGCAGAGCCCUUGCACUCGAUGUCUGGUCCAUCUUUAGCGCCGCCAACUUACCCGCCGAUUGCAUCAACCUGGGUCAGGGUUACAUGAACUUUGCCCCUCCCACUUGGAUCACAGCUGCCGCCGAAGACGCUUUGAAAUCUGUCGCACCCAAUCAUUACUCUCACCCUCGCGGUCGGAUCCGCCUCAGGGAGGCCCUCAAGGCUUUCUACAGUCCUCAGUUUCAUAGGGAUCUUGAUGUCGAAUCCGAAAUUCUUGUUACAAGCGGGGCAAAUGAAGGUCAAUACUCAGUCUUCACCGCGUUCCUCGAGCAUGGGGACGAAGUCAUCAUGUUUGAACCUUUCUUUGAUCAGUAUCUCCCCUCUGUAACCUUCAAUGGAGGAAAGCCUGUCUAUGUACCGUUGCAUCCACCUUCACCUUCAACGAACAAGCCAACGAGUGAUGAUUGGACCAUCGAUGUUGACGAGCUGAGGGCCGCCGUUACUUCACGCACCAAAAUGAUUAUCGUAAACACUCCUCACAAUCCUGUUGGAAAGGUAUUUACGAAGAAGGAACUCGAGGCCAUUGCGGCUAUAGCAGAAGAAUUUAAUCUUCUAGUAAUGGCAGAUGAAGUGUACGACUGCCUAGUCUUCGACGGAAAGGAACACAUCCGUAUUGCCAACUUACCUGGAAUGUGGGAUCGCACCGUAACUGUUGGUUCUGCGGGGAAGGCGUUCGCGGCGACUGGCUGGCGAAUCGGCUGGCUUAUCGCUCCCCCAUCAAUCAUACAACCUACAUUGGCGGCCUCCACUCGCAUUAUCUUCUGUACAAAUUCUCCCUUACAGGAAGCCGCUGCCUGUGGCUUAGAGCAGGCGAAGGAACGUCACUUCUUUGAAGUUCAGCGCUCCGAAUAUGAUGCAAGACGGGCCGUUUUAUCCCACACUUUUGAUGCGCUGGGUUUAAAGUAUACUUUGCCUGAAGGAAGCUACUUCAUUCUACUGGAUAUUUCCAAAGUGAAGUUCCCAGACGACUACCCCUUCCCGCCAAGUGUCCUCGGGAGAGGCAGAGAUUUCAAGGCUUGCUGGUUUAUCGCAAUCGAGAUAGGUGUCUCAUCCAUUCCAGUCAGCGAGUUCUAUUGUGAGGAGCACGCUAACAUCGGAGAGGCAUACGCACGCUUUGCUUUCUGUAAAGAUCUUGAUACCCUUCACCGUGCUGCAGAACGGUUUCAGCGAUUACGGAAAUACAUCCAUGAUUAACCG